CAAACAAAUUGUUUGGGAAGUUUGAAAAUUUUAGUGCUUCCAAAUAAAAAUUAAUUUUCGUGAAUAAUGUAAAAAAGGUUGCAAAAAUAAAUCAAAUUAUUAUGGAAUUUGUUGAGACAGAAGAAAAUGAUUCGCUUCAAAUAAAUGCUGAUGUGCAAUGUGAAGAAUCCACGGAAAACUUUCAAAAGUUUAUUUUUGAAUUGUUUGAGAAAAAUGGAAUUUUAAAUGAUUUGCGCGCGUAUCUACGAGGCCAUAUCGUUACGAUGUUAAAGAGUACGAAUAGUGGGGAGCCUACUCCAUGCCAGAAGCAUUUUACCCAACGCUUAGAGCCUACAUAUCAAGCAUUAAACAUCUUAAUCACAGAAUAUUUACUCAGACUGGAGUUCAACUAUACAUUGUCUGUUUUCAUUUCUGAGAUACCAUUGGCGAACAUGCUGUUUGAGUUUGCCAAAACAGUCAUAAAAACAGCGGAUAUUAGUGAUAUAAGCCAAGUAUAUUUUAGAGAGAAUGAUGUGUGGUCUAUAUUGAACUGUUUGGGUAUUAAAUGUGAUUCAGAGCAUGCAUGUAAAAUUGUUGACAUGUACACAACAGAAGAGAAACUGCCCUUGCUCUUGUGUAUUAUGAAGUGUGUGCCGUUGUAUAAGAAAGAGUCUGUGUGCUUGGAUAAUGCAACUUCGGAAGAUUAUAUAACAAGCGACAGAAGCACAGAUACAAUGGAAGGUAGUUGUAAAAAACAUACAGAAAGGCGUUCACGCAAAUGUCGACACUAUACCGUGUGUAACACGUGCCAAAGUCGCGAGAUUCGCUUGAAAGAGAGAUGUAGUAGGAAGAAGACGCAUUUACUUCAGAUGUUCCAGCAAAUAAAAUCAGUAUACGAGAUGGAGGUGGAAAUGGUUAAGGCGGAGGAAGAAAAUAAAAUUAGGAAAUCCGCCGCAAACCAUGCGAUACAGUUGCAGAAACAAAGGGAAGAGCUAGAAGAAGCGUUCAAGGAACGUGAAAAGGAAUUACAAAGGAAUAUAGAGGAAAAAAAGAAAUUCCUCUGGGGUUUGGCGAAAUCGCUGAGACAGCAACACGAACACAUGAACAAGGCGAUGGAAGAUGUUAGGAGUGAAACCGAACGACUCACUGUUAAGGAAAAUAAUCUCAAAGCACAAAUACAAGAAGCAGAGGAGUUAUUAAGAAAACGCGGUGAAGAGAUGCGGGAACAAAUCUCAAGCGAAUUGCAAAUAUUGGACCAACAUUUGCAAACUAUGAAGCGUGAGAGAGAUUGCAUUAAUACGGAACGCAUGGAAUUGGAAAAACUUCGAAGUAAUAAAGAAAUUAAUAAUAAUAAAAUCGAAGAAAUAGAUGUGAAAAAACAUUACAAUAUUUUAAAAGAGGAAUUGCAAGAUUUAAAACGGCAUUUAGAAACGGCCAAUGUUGGAGCCAAUGUUGGCCCACGUGUUGGGCCAAAUGUUGGUAUAAUGGUGGAAAAGGGAACUGCCACGGAUGGUUUUGUGAAUAAUUUAAUGAAUAAUGAACAUGUUGUGAUGAAUAAUGACAGAGUGGUGAACGCUAAAGUGAACAAUGAUUUGAGCAAACAGAAAAAUGUUAAUUUUAAUAUGUCUAAUGAAGGUAUUUAUAAAGACUCGCAACGCAACAGUAGAACAUCUAUAGCCAGUGAUGACUAUCAAAGUGACCGUGACCGCGACGUAUAUGACCGUGAACGACACUUUUAUGACCGUGGCCGUGACCGUGAACGCGUUUGUGACCACGAGCGGAGUAAUUAUGGAGUCCCGUAUUCGGAAAUACAGCGAUUGAGGAAUGAAAACGAAAGAUUGAGUAUAUUAGCUCGACAGCAAAGUGAUCACAUCGCGUCGUUAUCCACUGAAAGGUCGCGGCUUCAAUCCGAGCUGUUGCUCACAAGACCACAAACCGCACCCACUUUGAUGCAGCCGUUCACGGUCACCAGAUUAAACGCAACCGCAAGUAACGGUCUAAUAAGUACAGUGGGUGGGGGUGAACAAUUAAAUGUGUUGGACGCGAGGCCGCGGGUUCGACUCCCCACGGAUGUAAUGCCGUUUAUUGGGGUACUGAGAGACAGACAUACGGAUAACCGACGGCACAUAUUGAACCAAUGUCGCUCACUCCGGAGACGAGUUGCACCACAAGUUGCCACCAGUUCGAGAACUGUUGCCCGAGAUAAUCCCACAACACAUAAUGUUGAAACCAGUGAAGUUUUCAAUGGCGAUGUUUCGAUGCCCCAGGAAGAAGUCAUUGAAGAUAAAUUGACACAUACAGGAGAAGCAUCGCAGAAACAAACAUUCGAAGCGACUAAACAGAGAGAGAAAAGUCCUAAAUCAAUGCUCAGAGAAGCGAAGGAGAAAUUACGAAAUAAAAGCAGCAUAAAAGAACCGACCCCAUUAAUUCGUGAGAAAAGCCCCAACACUACACUCCGUGAGGCCAAACUGCGACUCCGCAAGUUGGAGAUCGAAGCGGAAGCGGUGGAAAGAUCCUACCAGCACUUCCGGAAACAGAUGGAUCUGAGAGGGGAUAACGAGUUGGGUUUAAAGCGCAGCAAAUCUUUACAGAAGCUUGAAAAUUCUUACAAAAUUGAUGACACCAAGGUUAAACCAAAAGCACACAAAGAUUUAAUUCAACAAAACUUCGACAAAUAUCUAAAAGAAUAUCAAACUAAAUUCCACAUCCCACCGUUCAAGAAUAAAAAUGCUAUGUCAGAAAUGAUAAAACCUAUUCCAGUAGCUUACUGUGAGGUAGAUGAUCAUAAAACUCGUGCAAGUGUAGAUUUUCUCGAAACUCCAUUAUCCGAAUUUAGGAAAUUAUAUCAUACAGAAAAGCAAUGGCGUACAAACAUAAAAACUACAAAUCCCAUACAUUUUCCUGAUAAAGAUGCAUCUAAUGAACCCAUAGUAGAAGAAAAUAUUGUACGCAAAGAUAAGAAAGAAAUUAAGAAAAACGAAGAAUUCAAAAUUUUACAAGAUAAUUUGAACAAAAUGUACAGUUUAGAUAGUCCAAAUAUGGUUAGUCCAGUAAUACCUGUGAUAAGUCCCAAACCAAAGGAAGAAAUUAAUAUAAUAGAAAAUAAUCAAGAAGCUAUCAAAGAAAAAACAGAAAAUGAUGAAAAUCGUCUUCGAGUUAACAUUGAAAAUGUCCAUGAAACUAAAAACAUUCCUAUUGCUGAAAAAGAUCAAACACUAUUAGUAGUUGUCGAAAGUUCGAUAGAUACAAAAGAAAUAUCAGAACCAGAAGUCGACGAACGAAAUGAAAUAUCAACACAAAUGACGAUUAUAGUGAGUCCAAAAGAGAAAACAGAAAAUAAACCAACAAAUUCUGAAAUAGAGAAAAUAACUAAUAACGAUGUUUUGGACUCUAUAUUUAAAGCAAAUGACAAUAAAGAUGUUUCCAGUGUGGAUAUGCAAUUGGAAUUAUCUAAAAUAGAUUCUCCAGGAGACAAAGGGAAUGAAGAAUAUCCCGAAGAUUUUUCAGCAGAUGUUGAUAAUUACAAUAGUCAUUCGGAUUAUGAGCAAAAUUCUCCAAUAUCAUUGGCUAAAGACUCUGACGAAAACUUUUGGGAAUCCUAAAUUUAUUUCUUGAUUUGUUGAUGUUAAUAAAUGAAUUAUUUAUUUGGUUA